AAAUCCACUCAAAGUACUCGUGGGUUAGUGAGUGUUAGUGAGUGACCCGGAAAAAGAGUCUUGCUAUCGGGCAGAGGAGAGCGAGCGGUGUGUUGACGGUGCAGUGUUGGCAGCGGCGGGUCGGCGGCUCAUCGUGACUGUGUGCUGUCCAUGCUGAGCUGAGGCGUCGAGCGCUGACUACCAGGAUGUGGGUGCUGGCCGCGGUGCUGGUGCUGGCGGUGGUGCCCACGCCGCGGGGGUUCUACGUGCCCGGGGUGGCGCCCGUGGAGUUCCAUCGGCUGUCCCCCGUGGAGGUGAAGGCCGUCAAGAUGACCAGCUCGCAGACGCAGCUCCCCUACGAGUACUACUCCCUGCAGCUGUGCCGCCCACGCAACGGCACCGUCUACAAGUCCGAGAACCUGGGCGAGGUGCUGCGCGGGGACAGGAUCGUCAACACGCCCUACGAGCUGCGCAUGGCCCAGGCCGCGCCCUGCCGCCUGCUGUGCCACGCCCCCGGCCAGCCCGUCACCUGGGACGCCGACAUGGCCAAGCAGGUCGUCGACAGGAUCAGGCACGAGUACUUCGUGCACCUGCUCGUGGACAACCUGCCCUGCGCCACCAGGUACCCAGGUGAGGGGGGUGAGAGUGUGUACCAGCGUGGGUACAAGCUUGGCUACCUGCAGAACAACCGCGCCUUCAUCAACAACCACCUGCGUCUCAUCCUGUCCUACCACACGGACGAUGACAUAAACUUUAGGGUCGUCAGGUUUGAGGUGGAGACGGCAAGCAUUGACCUCAACCAACUCAAGGGUACGGCCAACAACUGCUCAUUCCCUGAGAAGCACAGCCCGCAGGAGGUGAAGGAGACGGGCACGGAGCUGCUGUUCUCGUACUCGGUGGAGUGGCGGCCAUCUGAGGUGCGGUGGGCCUCGCGCUGGGACAUCUACCUCCAGAUGACGGACGUGCAGAUCCACUGGUUUUCCAUCGUCAACUCCCUGGUGGUGGUGUUCUUCCUCUCUGGCAUACUCACCAUGAUCAUGAUACGCACGCUGCGCCGCGACAUUGCCAGGUACAACGCUGACGAGAGCCUGGAGGAGACGCUUGAGGAGUCCGGGUGGAAGCUGGUGCACGGCGAUGUGUUCCGCCCGCCGCGCUACCCCAAGCUGUUCACGGCGCUGGUGGGCUCCGGCGUGCAGAUCUUCUGCAUGGCGCUGAUCACCAUCGUGCUGGCCAUGUUUGGCAUGCUGUCCCCGGCCUCGCGCGGCGCCCUCAUGACGGCCGGCAUCCUGCUCUAUGUCUUCAUGGGCCUCAUCGCCGGCUACAUGGCCGGCCGCCUCUACCGCACGCUGCGUGGCCAGCAGUGGAAGUCCGCGGCCUUCUGGACAGCCACGCUGUUCCCGGCCUUUGUGUUUGGCACGGGCUUCUUCCUCAACUUCUUCAUCUGGGGCAAGCAGUCCAGCGGCGCCGUGCCCUUCAGCACCAUGAUGGCGCUCAUCUCCCUCUGGGUGUGUGUGUGUGUGCCGCUCACCUUCAUCGGCUACUACUUUGGGUUCCGCAAGCAGCCGUAUGAGCACCCAGUGCGCACCAACCAGAUCCCCCGCCAGGUGCCGGAGCAGGUGUGGUACAUGCACCCCACGCUGUGCCUGCUGAUGGCCGGCGUGCUGCCCUUCGGCGCCAUGUUCAUCGAGCUCUUCUUCAUCCUCUCCGCCAUCUGGGAGAACCAGUUCUACUACCUGUUUGGCUUCCUCUUCCUGGUGUUCGUGAUCCUGGUGGUGUCCUGCGGCCAGAUCUCCGUGGUCAUGGUGUACUUCCAGCUGUGCGGCGAGGACUACCACUGGUGGUGGCGCAGCCUCAUCACCUCCGGCGGCUCCGCCGUCUACGUGGCGGGCUACUCCCUCUUCUACCUCUCCACCAAGCUGGAGAUGACGGAGUUCGUGCCACUGCUGCUCUACUUUGGCUACACCACCAUCAUGGUGGUCACCUUCUGGCUGCUCACUGGCACCAUCGGCUUCUUCGCCGCCUACAUCUUCAUCAGGAACAUCUACGGCGCCGUCAAGAUAGACUGAGGCGCCCCGGCCGGCCUGCGCCCCGCCCCGUGCCCUCGGCGGUGUGCCGGGCGCUGUGCGGCGAGAGGUAAUGCAUUAUUCAGGCACACUAGCAGACCAUCCUCACGGCAGGCGGCCGGGCACGCGGCCAUGGACAAAGGCUCGGCUGCCAGGUUUGUACAAAGUCCUGCAGGAUGAAAUGUUUGUGUGUGUGUGUGUGUGUAUGUCUGUGUGUGUGUGUGUGUGUGUGCGCCUUUGCUUCUCCCCAGUGAGCCGCCGCCACGCCCGGCCCGAGGAAGGUGCCACUCCUCCGCCGCCGUUGUUUCCAGACCCACGCGGUGCGCCGCCCUGCUGCUUGCACCCGCGGCUAAACAUAUUAAUAAGGCAUAAGUCAUAGUUUGAAAGAGUCUUGUACACGCUACACUCUUACUUCAUCCUCUCUCCCUUGAAGACUUUCCAAACAUUUUCUAUCACCAAUCACUGAGGACAAUAAUUAGAUGACUUGGUACCGUGGACAAGUGAGUAAGGUGUUAACCAUGUUCUUGGAGGUCUGGCCUGCGGUACAUCCCUGCAACAUUGCCGGAAGAGAUAAAUCACCAAACCUUCUUUUAUAUAUUCCUGCUCCAUUUUCUAGAUUCAUGGCAAGAGUUAAGUUACCAAACAUUUCUUUUAUAUUAUUCUGCUCCAUUUUCUUGAGUCUUGUCGGAAGAGUUACAUUAUCAUCCCUCUCUUUUUAUAUCAUUCUGCUCCAUUAUCUAGAUUUUUGUUGGAAGAUUAAAUUACCAAACCUUUCCUUAUUAUAAGUCUCCAUUUUCUUGGUUAAAUUGUUUUAUGAAUACUAAUUGGGAGGUCGUUGAGUGAAGUUGCCCCCAAGAAUGUAAAAUCACAGAACCUUUCCCUUUUACAAUUCUCCAUUUUCUCAGUUCAAAAUAAUUUAUAAAUACUAAUUGGGAGGUUGCUGAGUGAAGUUGCCCCCAAGAAUGUAAACUUACCUAACCUUUCCUUAUUAUAAUCCUCCAUUUUCUUGGUUCAAUUGUUUUAUGAAUACUAAUUUGGAAGUUGCUGAGUGAAGUUGCCCCCAAGAACGUAGGAUCACCGAACCUUUCCUUUUUACAAUUCUCCAUUUUCUAAGUUCAAUUUUAGUUACACCUACUAAUUGGGAAGUUGCCCCCAAGAACGUAAAAUCACGGAACCUUUCCUUUUUACAAUUCUCCAUUUUCUAAGUUCAAUUUUACUUACACAUACUAAUUGGGAAAUUGCCCCCAAGAACGUAAAAUCACCGAACCUUUCCUUUUUAUAAUUCUACACUUUCUCGGUUCAAUUUUUUUAUACGUUCAGGUCAGCGAAGAUCCCCCUUAAGAAUGUCCACAGUUGUGUUAUGUCUGGUCCAGGUUCCUUCCUCUUGUUUUAGCUCAAUCUCUCCCUAUCUUUGUGUAGCUGCGUUAGGCAAUACCAAUACAUCAUAGACCAGUUUGUUUAUUCAUUCUAGGGUUACUUCUUACUGUUGUUGUGUAUAUUUAACGCUAAUUUAUCGUCUCCUCACCUUGUUUUAUGUAUUUAUUUUCUUUUAUUUUACUUUUCGUUUUGAUUCGCGACAAAAAAAAGCGUCAUCUAGCUUGGGGUCGUUUUACUGUGUCGUUUUUUGGGUUCACCGACAGACCAGAUUGAAACGAGGGUGUGCGUGUGUGUGUGUGUGGGUGUGCGCCGACAUUCCAUCAUUACGUUACCCUUCAAUCUUUGUUUUCCCGCACGUCACUGAUUUGAGUUCGCACGCCGCGGAGAAACAACCUCGGCGAUGCACUGGGGCGAGGGUGUUACGUUGAGUCGUCUUCUACUUGAUCUUCUUGUCGCUGCCUUUUAGAACACUGUAUUGCUUGAGGAAGGAAGGAAGGGCGACAGGCUUCAGGAAACAUCGUUGUGUUAUGCUCACCCGGAAUGUGUUGUCCUCACUCGCUGGUUGGAUGACUGAGUUAGGGCGAGUGUGUGUCGGUGGAAUGGGUUGUGUCAGGGAUGGAAUGGAAGUGCAAGGUUAGGUUAAUGUAUCAGGGCAAGUCUACUAAGUGCUGGGCUGACAAUUUUGGCCUGAGAAAUGAUAGCUUGUUUUAGUUCUUCAGCUGACAGUUUGAUAUGUCAGGAAGGUUAGGUUCGGGUGUCAGCGCAAGAUUACUAAGUGCUGGGCUGACAAUUUUGGCCUGAGAGAUGAUAGCUUGUUUUAGUGCUUCAGUUGAGUCAGGAAGGUUAGGUUCGGGUGUCAGCGCAAGAUUACUAAGUGCUGGGCUGACAAUUUUGGCCUGAGAGAUGAUAGCUUGUUUUAGCUCUUCAGUUGAGUCAGGAAGGUUAGGUUCGGGUGUCAGCGCAAGAUUACUAAGUGCUGGGCUGACAAUUUUGGCCUGAGAGAUGAUAGCUUGUUUUAGCUCUUCAGUUGAGUCAGGAAGGUUAGGUUAGGGUGUCAGGGCAAGAUUAUAAAGUGAUUUGAUAUGUCUCAGGAAGGGAAGGUUAGGAUGAUAGGUAUUUAGGUUUGCUGUAUACAUUGGCAAGGGGACUCAAAAGUUAUGAGAAGGUGAGAAGGGAUGAAGAAACAGCCAUGAGAUAAUCCAAUUAGCAUAUGACUUCCAAGUGUGCGGACAGACGUGUGUUUGGGUGAGGGUUAUAUGUGUUUAGGUUCGCUGUAUACAUUGACAACGGGAAUUAAAGGCUAUGAGGUGAGAAGGAAUGGAGGAACAACCUAUUAGAAAAUCCAAUUAGCAUAUGAUUUCCAAGUGUGCGGACAGACGUGUGUUUGGGUGAGGGUUAUAUGUGUUUAGGUUCGCUGUAUUUACUGAGGUCUGAGAGGAUUAGAAAGGAUGGAGGUACAGCCUAUGAGAAGGUCAGUUAGCAUACGAUAUCCAAGUGUGCGGACAGACAAGAGUGUUUGGGUGAGGAACUUUACAUGUGUUUAGGUCCGCUGUAUAUAGUGGCGAGGGGAACAAGAGUGAGACAGACAGACCUUAUUCAUUAUUUACACUUUCUCUUUUCAUCUUUACUAGGAGCAUCACAUCACACCCUUCUUGUGAUAUAAGGGAGUAUUUUUGCAGGCGUUAUGAGUUUGUAAAGUAGCCGCCCAGGUCAUGCUUGUACAUUGUUUAACCUUUGUGUUGAUUUAGCUCAUCCACCAUGGACAGUAUGAAGGUUUAACAGUAGUGUAAUUUUCUUGUGUUUUUAUGUGUUGUUAUUUAUUUAGGUUACCCCCAAAAAAGGAACUGGCGAAGAAGGGCAAUAAGUUCGUCAAGUUUUACAUAUAAUGAAAUACUUGGUGUUGGAAAUUGAAUUAUGUUGAUUUGUUUUUAUUGCACUUUGUGAUAUUAAACUGAAUAUUGAC